AUGGCUACUCAAUUGGAGGCAUCGGGCAUCAAUGGGCUCCAAGAGGUUACCACCAGACCCAACGGCAUGUCAGAUAAGCCGUCGAGCCAAGUCCUCAUCGUCGGCGCCGCCGUUGUAGGCUGUUUGACGGCGAUCCAGCUUGCCCAAGCGGGCAUUGAUUCUGAAAUUAUCGAGAUGCUCCCGAAGUCCAGCGAUGAUCCUCGUUCGUGCGGGUAUUUUGGCGCCGCGCAGCUGUUCUUGGACGAGCUCGGAAUCUACAAGUUGAUGCGAAGCCAAGGGUUCAUGACACGCGGUCUAUGCUGGCGAACAGCCCCAAUCGACGACGGGAAAGGCGGCAAAAGGACAGGAGACAUCAUCGCUUCACAGCCGUUGUGUGCGCUCGAUGACACCGUGUUUCCCGUGGGCUCCGGACUGCUCAACCUCACGCAAGGUCAGCUGAAUCGAAUCUGCAUCCAAGAGGCUCUGAAGACAGGACGGGUUCGCAUACAUUUCAACACCCAGCUCGAGUCAGUUGACGAGAACACGGCCGACGGGGUCGUGGUGACGGCACGGGACGUCAACUCGGGUGAAACGAAGCAGUACCGCGGGAAGUACCUGGUGGGCGCGGAUGGCGCACGGUCCGCCACGCGAAAGGCGCUCGGCCUCGCAUUCCCCGGGUAUACAUGGCCUGAACGCCUCCUCGCAACGAAUGUCAUGGUCAUGAACGAAGAGGAGAUCCUCUAUCACACCCAUUAUGUCAUGAGUGAUGUGCAUUGGGCCGUCAUCACCCCUCUCCAGGACCCUGUCGUCGGUCAGUCGACGCUAUGGAGAUAUACCGUGGCUCUGGACCCCAACGACCCUCGGCCUGAUGACGAAAUCAUAUCCGAUGCCAAUAUCCUGAAUCAUUACGAAUCCAUCAUGGCCGGUCGGCGCCCAUUGCAAGUCGAGAUCCGAGCGCGAUCGAUUUACAACAUCCAUCAGCGUCUUGCACCGACAUUGCGAAAGGGAAAUUGCCUGCUCGCUGGUGAUGCGGCACAUGUAAAUAAUCCCAUCGGGGCAAUGGGUUUGAAUACGGGCAUGCUGGACAGCGAUGCGCUCGGAAAGGCGCUGAUCAUGAUUCUGAAAGAAGGCCGUUCGGACAGCGUCCUCGACAUCUACAACGACGAGCGCCGGAAGGUGUUUCAAUUCUUCGUCAACCCGACAAGCGCGGAGAACAAAAUGCGCGUACAUCAUCACCCUCCGGAGACAGCGGUGCGAGAUGACUGGUAUUUCCGCAUGAUGGCGGAUCCGUCGAAACUGACCGAGGAUCAACUUAAGGAGUCCAUGAAGCCGUACAUGGAGACGUGGAGGACGGAUAUUCGAAAACUGGCUAAGAGCAUGGCAUGA